AAAUAGUAAAACUAAGUAGGGAAAUGUGAUGUAACCUAUUGAAUGUUGUAUAUUUGUUGAUAUCAAAACAUUGCAAAGAACAUUCAAAUAUUAAAUAAAAUUUUCAGAAAUAAGUGGCAACUGAGCUCAUUUUGAGAUAAAUAUAUACGUAUUUUGUAGUAUUGAAUAAUUUAAAAAUUCAAUUGACACUAAAAGCUAAAGAAAAUAAACAUAGAUAAAAAUAUAAUUCGAAGUUUAAAUAAGUAUUGCUUGCUUUUAAAUUAAGAUUGAAAGGAAAUUUAAUAUGAAACAAUUUUAUUGCAUUGAUUAUAAGUUACCUAUAAUGGACACAUACUUGAUAAAAUGUUAUUUUCGCAAAAACCAAUUUUAAUUGAAAAUUUUAAUCUUAAAUUCCAUUAAGUAGUAUUGAAAAAAUAAACAUUCGUUUAAUUAGAGUGAUUUAAGCGUCAAUUUGUAAGAUGAAUGAAAUGCAAGAUUCAGAUUCUGAAUUUUCAGAUUCCUCCGGUAGCGUUACUUCAUCAAGUUCAAGUUCCUCUGAAUCAACAAAAAAUGAUAAUUCCUUGGAAUUGGCUAAAAUAUGUGGCCAAACAUUGCAUUUACCAAAAGGAUUGUGUGAAAAUGAAGAUAUUUUCAAAGAAUUUUUUUCAUUAGACACUUGGAAUCAAGUUCCUUCAAAUUUUCAAGCAUUUUUGAAAAACAAAUUUUUACCAGUUUUUCCUGAAGGUGCCAAUAAUGAAAUGGAACAAACUAAAACCAUAAAAAUGCUUUUUAACAAUGAAAUCAAUAGUUUUAACAAAUCCCCUUUGAGUAUAUUGCAAAAGAAUUUAGAAGAUGGAAAUUAUAGACCGGAUUUAAUAAAAAUAAGAGAAAGCAUUGAAAAAUCCAAGCGCAUUGAAAAUAAAUUUAAAGAAUGUGAAAGAGUUAGCAAACUAUCUAAAACCUUAAUGAUUUCCCGUGAGAAAUUAUUAAGGGCAGCCUAUAAUACUCCGCCAGGAGAGCAAAUAAAAGUUGAUAGAACAUUACAUGAUUCUACAAAUAUUUUAGACGGAAAUGUUGCUGGGUUAAGAGCUAAAAAACGUUAUUACGACGAAAUUACUAGUUUAGCAAAACAAAUUGGUUUAAGUGAUUGUUCAGACGAUGAGAUAAAAGAAGGAGAAGAAUUACUAGAAGCAGACAAUUUUGUUAAAAAAAACUUGGGAAACUUCCCACUUCACCCAGCAAAUGAACUUAAAAUAAUCGGAACAAUGACGAAAAGGGGUCGAUUUAAUGGGUCCUCAAUUACUGAUUUUAAAGUAAGACCAGCAGGUUCAAUGCACGAUAAUCAUUUAAGACAAAUGUUAUUUACACACAAAAGAAGAAAAAUGGAGGAGCCGGAUCGACCAGAAUUUGAAACAAGUGAUGUUAGAUUAAUUGAUAUUAAUAACAGGGUAGAAAUGACUGGAAGCAAUUAUAGAAAAGAAAUUUUGGCUCCACCGAAAAUAAGAAAAGUGAUUACAAAAUCCAUUCCUUCAAUGAAUUCAGGAAAUAUAACUGCUCAUAAAAAUCAGUUUAGUUUAUUAAAGAAAUCUCAACUAAUAAACAACGGCAACAGUAAUCAACAAUUAAAUAAGCAACAAUCCUUGCUAAAAAGUGUCGUGAUACCAACAGAUCAAAAGAAUACAGUAAGACCACAAAAGGAACAAAUAACUUCCAACGCACAACUUUCAAGUGAAAGCGAAAAUGAAAUCAAUGUGGAUGUGCUUAAUACAAAUCCACCAACCAUUCGUUCAAUGGGUAUAAACAAUCCGAAACAAAAACCAAAUAUAACACGCGAUUCCAAUGAAGAUUUAAUUAAAAAACCAAAAAUUGUUUGCAAGAAACCAGGAUCAGUCGCUGAACAUUAUAACCAGCGAAUAAAUAAUAUAGAAAAUAAAGACGUUGACAAGAAAUGUAUGGAUAAUGGUUUUACAAAAAUUCACCCGAUGUCUAUAGACGAUUUAGAUGGAAUAGAUAUGAUUAAUCUUCCAGUCAGUCUAACAGAUACUGUACUUAACGAAGAAACAGUUGUGCAUGAUGCAAAUCAUUACACAUUAGAUACUAAAAAUAAUCAAGGAAUGCCAAUAAUUAGGAAAGCUCGACAAGAACAACAGACACAACAACAUGACAGCAACACUGAUAUUCCCCAGCAACAAUCCAAUAUCACUAUUAGCCCAGAAUUGAUGCAGGAAACACAUGCUUGCUAUUUAUCUCUCAUAAGAGAUAUAUUUUGUUCUACACCUGACCAUCGAAUGAAAUUAGAUGAAUUGAAAUCAAAAAUACAUUUAUGGCUCUCAAACCCCAUAACAGCUCUAAAUGAUUGGUAUAAUCAAGCUGAUAAUUGGUUAAAUUUACUGCCAUCAGCAAUACACUUUUUAUCAGGGGAAUUUGCUGAUCAACCUGAAGAAUUUGUUCCUUACAUAGAAUUUAAAACCCAGUUAAAUAUUUAUCAAUGGAUAGGUGCCGGACGUGAUUCGGAUUCUCAUCUCUUGAACUUGUGCCAAUACUGGUUGUCCAGAAAACAUGAAAUGGGCAUCAAACCUUCAAAACCUAAAGUAGAAAAAGUUCGUGCCGUUGAGUCAAAAACAUAUGAGUAUGAAGAUAAUUUAAUAAAUGAAAAACCACUCUCCCCGCCUCCUCCAAGAUGCCCCACUAAUUGGACCGUACAACCUGCUAAUGCUGAAGAAAUUGAAGAAUUUCGUGUUCAGGAACGACAGCGCUUCGAAAAUCCACAUAAAGCUUUCACAUAUCGGAUGUAUGGAUACGAAAGUGUAGUUGGCCCUGUAAAAGGAGUAUAUACACAAAUAUUAGCUUUAACAAAAGCGAGAGGUCACAAUAUGUUAACGGCAGAUCGUCCAAACUUUGUAACGAUACUGACUUUAGUACGCGAUGCAACAGCAAGGUUACCAAACGGUGAAGGUACACGUGCCGAUAUUUGCGAGCUUCUUAAAUGCUCUCAAUAUAUAAAUCCACAAGCAUCCGAUAACAUACUUCAAACUAUUGUUAGCGGAGCUUUGGACAGAAUGCAUGUUGAAAUUGACCCUUGUGUACGUUAUGAUGCGAAAAGAAAAAUUUGGAUUUACUUACACCGCAAUCGAACGGAAGAGGAAUUUGAAAGAGUACACCAGCAAUAUCAAGGUGUAACAAAAAAUCAAAAGAAAUCUACUACUAGAAAGUUGAAACAUAAGCAAUUGAAAUCGGAAAACUCAUUGCUUAUUCAAAAUCAACAUCCAGCAAAACCUCAGGCAAUAUUGCCGCCUUUGUCUGUAUGUGGUCAAUUUCAAAUAUCGCAAGGCCAGCAUAAUAUAACACAACAGGCAAUAACCAACUCCAUUUCGAACUCUAUUCAAAACGUAAAUCCUUUAACUAAUAAAACUCAAACGAUUUCUCAAAACAGUCCCCAAGUUGCUGUUGUUGCACCUCUGAAAAUUUCUCCUCAAAAGGGCUCUGGAAAUAUGGCAAAACCAGAAUUAGUGCCUUUGAAAACUAUUCAACCCCAGUUAAUAUUGGAUACAGAACAAGAUAUAGAUGACGCUGUAGUUGAUUUGAAUGAAACUACAACAUUUUUGGUACAAAAGCAAUUUUCGCAAAAAUUGUUAAAUUCCAAUAAUAAAACUAUCAGCGUAGCAAGCAUUUCACCAAAUGUUGCUGGACAUACCCCAAUAAAACACUUACACUUGCAACAAAACCAGAAACUGAUAGGAAGCUCGAAUCAAAGUGGAACAAAUUUGAUAAACAGUGUAAUAAAUCAACAAUGUGGCACAACAGAAAUGAAAUCACAAAUUAUAUCCCCAAUAUCUUCGUCGCUACCACAGCAAAUACUCGCAAGUCCAACUCAACAACCACAACAAACCAUAUCUGCAUCAAAUACUCAGUUUAUUGUAACGAAUAAAACUAAUAAAACUGGAAAACCAAUUUUGAUUCAGAGUACUAAUAAUAAUGGUCAACAAGUAAUAACCCAAAUUCGACCAAGUAACGCCCAAGGACAACAACAAGGGUUCAUAAUUCCUUUGAACUCGGAUCAAUUUCAAGCUAUUUCUAAUCAACUACCUCAAGUUUCUUCUAACAGUAAUCAAUCAGCUCUGAUUUCUAGUUCAGCUAAUAGUCCAAAACUGCUAAAAUCGGCCACUAUAACAGCAAACCAGGUUUCUCCUCCAGCUUUGACUGCAGUAUCUCGACCUGCAACAAUUAUUCAACAAACUAAUCCUAUAACUGGUAAACAGCAAUUUAUUAGAAUAGCUACAACUUCAGCUGCUGGAAAAAGUUUGUUGAAUCAAAAUCAAAUUACCGUUCAUCAACAACCCAAAAUUGUAAAUAACUUACAAUUAGAGGUUGAUACAGGGGAUACUUCAUCUGGUUUCAAUCAAGAGGGUAGUGCAACUAACGUCCAACAAAAAAUAUCUACAGGCACUGUAAUGAUUCGCCCUCAACUAACAAAAACAGCCCUUACAACUGGUUUGUCUCUAAUAAACAAUCAAAAUGUGCGUAUAACGCAGCCAAGGCAAAUAUUACAAGUUCAACAGAAGCAACCGCUACAAAAAUCUGGCUUGUUACAACAAAACGCUUUAGUAAUAUCUGGUAAUCAACAAAAUCAACAAAUUCAAACGAAAAAUGUAAUUCUUCAACAACAAACAUCUCAACAAGCACAUCAACUACAACAGCAAACAGCACAAACACAGCAAGUUCAAAAAAUUAUCAAUGUGUCGGCAGCAAAUUUGCAAAAUUUAAUUACUGCAACUACGCAAGGGCAAACUAACAUAAUUUCGCCCCAAAUUAUACAACUUCACCCACCAACUAGCAGUGCUAGCGCGAAUGGAUCUGGAACUGCUAAGAUACAAACAUUUAAUGCUAACAUUUUACCUAAUUUCAAGACGCAAAAUAUACGUUUGCAAAGUCCAAUUUCCACACAAGGAAAUCAGCAGCAACCCAUUAUUAUCAAACAACAAAUGCUUCAGCAAAUUCAGCAGAAGCAAAACAUAGGGAUAAGCAAAAAUACUGGGACGGUUUCGAUUGGAACGAAUUCUAAUAAAAUUUCUGGAAAAAAUGUUCCUUCUUUAACAACUACUAACAUAAUAACUGCGAAUUCAUCAUCACUAGCCCCGGGAACAAUAAUUCAAACUUCGCCACAAACAAUUGUAAAGCACUCAAAUAUAAUUCAACAGCAAAAUAAGCAGUUUACAAUUGUUUCGUCACCACAGCAAUUGCAACAACAGCAAUCGCAAACAGUAACAAGGGUUGUUAAGUCUCUUUCUAGUGGUGUAGGAAACCCAGUAUUACAAUCAAAUCAAAUUGUUCAAACUUCGGUUGGAAAUGUUGUUCGAACACAAAAUUCCACAGGAAAUCCUGUUAUGGCUAAAGUAAUCACAAAUAAUACAGGACAAAUUAUAUCACUUGAAAGUUUGUUGCAAAAGCAAGGUAUCGCACCUGGGACGACUUUACGAGUUGCUGGAACGAAAAGUGGACAAACUAAUAUCAUACAGUUAACAAAUCAACAGCAAUCAAAUAGCAAUAAUAAUAAUAAUAUUGUUGAUGGUAUAACACAACCUGUAACACAAUACGCUGUUGUAUCUCAAGGAAGAAAUUUAAUUUCCAUGACUGGAACACCCCAACGACUUAUAACAACUCAAGCUUCAAAUACUGUUGUAACAAAUUUAGCUAACAGUACAGUUUCAAAUGUUAAAACAGUUUCUUCAAUAAGCGCCUCAACUGCAACAAGUUCGGGAAAUCAAAUUCCAGUACAAAGUGUGUCAAAAAUUAUCAAUGCCAACCAACUGACACCACAACAAAUAGUAAGUGCGAAAGUUUUGGGGAAAAAUAAUACGAGUAAUAUUAGAAUGAACUUAGCGAAUUUACGAGGUAAACCUGUUAUCAUAACUAAUAAGCAAGGAACUCAGCAGAACAACACAACAGCCCAAAAUGUACAAUUAGUACAAAAUAAUCAAGUUGUUAAUAGUGCGAAUUCGACUAGUUCCGGAAAUAUUGUAAUCGGUGGGCAAACUCUCAAAGUUCAAGGAAACAUGAUACCAGGAAAUAUUCAAGUUUUAAAUCAGAGUUCGUCACAACCUCAAGCGGUUAUGUUAGGUAAUCAAAUUCUUAAAGUUGCUCAAUCACCAAAUGUCAGGCAAACAGUUGCUGCAAAUAUAAUAAGUAGCUCUAUAAAUAACAGAACGAACACUUUGAGUGGAACAAAUACGUUAACGUCAAUAGCAAGCACAAAUUCGGGAACUAUGGUUGUUAAUAGUAGUAAUACUGUCGUGGCUGGUAUCAGUCAAAAUACAGGCGGUAUCCAAAAUAAAACAGUUGUAUUAGGCUCUACCGGUCAACCAAUAAGAGUCCAAUCAGGCCAAAUACAAACUGUUGCUAUAGGAAAUAGUAAUAACUCAAGUGGGAUUCAGCAACAAAACCAACAGAUAAUUUUAGGGCAUCCAAUAAAAGGUACGCCUUUGAAAACAACAGGUCAACAAAGAGUUGUAUUAGCCGUACAAGGAGGUGGUCAAAUAUUGCUGCCACCUGGUUUUCAAGGUGGAUCACUUAAUUUAAAAUCACUGCAAGGUUUAAAAGUUGUACAAGUUGGACAGCAAAAUCAACAACAAACUAUCCAACAAUCUCAACAACAAAAUAAAGGGAAAAAUUAACUUGAUUAAUUUAUUUAGAAAUUAAGAAAAAAACAAAUAAAAAUUUGAAUAAAACUUAUUACAAUUUUAGUUUUUUUUUUUUUCCAAAAUUAAAAAUUUAUAUUAUAUUAUGUACAUAAACAAAUUUUAAAAUUUUAUUAUACUUAUAAUAAAUUUUCAUUUUUAAGUUUAUUUAGAAAAUAAGUUGGUUUUUGAAUUUUAA